AUGGUUAGAAGCUGGGACAAUACGCCGAAUGGCACCAUGCGUGCUAUCACUCUUACAUCUCCCCGUGCGACGCCUCCAACUGCUUGCUUCACCUACCGAACAGAUUAUCCAAAACCAUCGCUUCCCAAUCCUCACUUCUGCCUCGUUCGUAUAUAUGCGAUUGGACUCAACCGGGCUGAGCUACGUGCCCGUAAUGCUGAGCCUGUCUCGCCCGUAGAGUUUGGCAUCUUUAAAGAAGAGUUUCAAGACGAAUGCCCACAGGUGCUCGGGGAAGAGUUUGUGGGUGAAGUCGUCGAGGCAGGAUCAAACACCGAGUUCAAGCUGGGAGAUCGAGUUGCGGGAUGGGCCUACGGUGGGGGCAAGGCUUACGACGGCUCAUACGCGGAGUUCACCAUCUGCCACCAGCGAAGACUGUGGAAACUAGGCGAGGCCGCCAAAGAUGUUCCAUGGGCAGUUCUUGGUGCUAUUCCGAUGGGGUUAUGGACAGCUUAUGGUGCUCUGUUUCUCGCAGCUGAAACUAAGCCCAGAGACGUCGUUUUUGUUCAUGGAGCAACGAGCAGUGUGGGGCUAUGGGCUAUCUUGGUGGCUAAGGAUCAAGGAUGCUAUGUUAUAGCCACUACCCGGCAAGAGAGUAAGGUUAAAAAGCUCAAAGAUGCUGGGGCAGACUGGGUCGUUCUGGACUCAGAGUUGCAGAACCCACAGAUGAUACAACAAAUAGCCGCAACAGAGGUCCAAACCGUCCUAGAGCUUGUUGGGUUAGAAGCCUUGGAGAAUAUCUCGAUGCCGGUUACAAAGGCGGGAGGAACUGUUGUCAAGUGUGGAAUUCUUGGAAAGGUCUGGAAAAUGUCUCUGAGUGCCGGCCUCGUCACUGCGAAGCGAAAGUUAACUACCUUUACGACCCUUGAUGAAGACUAUGAUUAUGCAUCUCGUGUCUUGCAAGAUGCCGUCAAAAAGGUGAAGAGUGGAAAAUACAAUAAAGAGAAUUUCCUCGACAGUACUUAUAAUCUUGAGGAUGUAGGACUAGCUCAUCAACGCAUGGAAGACUGCGCAGCGUGUGGAAAGGUAGUCCUUCUUGUUCAAUAG